AUGACGAGGUAUAUUUGGCCCCGCUCAUCACCCUCUGCUCUCGAACCCUACCUACACUACAGCACCGCCGUCGCCGUCCUCCUCCACCACCCGGAUUCCGAUCCCGACGCCGGCCGCGCCAACACACAGCAGAAGAGGAUCCCGUCUCCUUCUUCGUUGUUCUCGCUCGUGCUCGCCCCCUAGACUAGACCCAGGGCAGCGCGAUGCAGCCCGGUCACUCGAUCGGCUGAAGGAGGGGCGUGGCGGCGGCACGCAGGCUGGGGCGGAGCGGACUCGUGGCGACCUUGCCUUCAUCUUAGUGGUCGUCUUCUUGGGACUUGAACGCCGUUGGCUUCGAGCAGACAAACGGGCCAGUGUUCCGCUUGUGGUCACCACUAGAGGAAACGGUUGGAUGCCACUCGAAGUGGGUGUUGGACGAGUCAUCAGACACUGAAUCCCGGGUUUGUUCCGUUUCAGCAUGUGAUGAUUCAGGAAGGAACUUGCUUGACUGGUACAAGCUUCACUGAUCAUCCCAUUUCUUCACCAUUUUAUUACUCCUUUCCUUUGAAGUUAAACUGAUCUCAUGAUUUAUCAGGAAAAUGUUUGUUCAAUUGAUAGCAAUGGUGGGAUUUAUCCGCAGUCUGGGCUUGGAUAUUUGUUUGGUCGAAAUGGGACGCAGGGUGUACAUCUGCAACAUCAACCUUUGGAAGGUUGCAUGUAUGUGAAUGAGCACGGCCAGAUGUGUGGACCUUACUCUCCUGAAAAGCUGUAUGAGGGGCUAUCCACUGGUUUCUUGCCUCAAGAUCUUGCUAUCUACGUGAUGUUUGGUGGGGUAAUGGCCAAUCCUGUGCCCUUAAGCUUUUUGAAGCAGUUCCUUUCACAAUGGAAUUUUGGUGCUGCACUCUCCACAAAUGAACCCAUGGAGACAAAGAAAGUAACUUCCAAUGAUAAAGUCGUUCUUCCAGAUGCUCUUUCAAGCGAAGAAUCAUGCUGGAUGUUUGAGGAUGCAGAAGGCUGCCGACAAGGGCCACAUUCUCUUGCUGAACUUUCCUAUUGGCAUCAUAAUAGCUAUAUCCACGAUCUUUCAAUGAUUUAUCAUGUUGAUGGCAAAUUUGGUCCAUUCACACUUGUAUCACUGAUUGGUUGGUGGAGUGGAGGUCAUGCAGAGCGUUUGGAAGCUACAUCUAAUGAUUCUGCAUCAUUAAAUGGCUUAAUGGGUGACAUAGUUGAUGAUAUCAGCCAUCAGCUGCAUGCAGGGAUAAUGAAAUCAGCUCGCAGGAUUUUAGUUGAUGAAAUAUUCAGUUGUGUACUUCCAGAUUUAAUUGCUUCCAAUAAGACUGAGAAGCAACUGGCUGCAAAACUGAAGAAACAAGCUACUAAGCCUGACAGUGUGGGCAACAAGAAGGUUCCUGCGCUUAAGGCCAAGGUUGACACACCAUCUACUGUUCCAAAAAAAGGCAACUCCUCGUAUCAUAUGGCCAUAACAGAUUCUUCUGUGGCUAUUCAAUCCCCAGCAGUGUAUGAUAAAUUUGCUGAUGUACUAUCAGCAGUUUGGCAAACAAUUUAUUAUGAAUCUAUGAAGAGUAUCUGGGAUGGAGUACUAUCGGACCCUGUUAUAGGCUACUGUGAUGUAUGGUUACAGAGAAAUUGCCAGUUGAAUCUGCCCUCUACGAUUAUUUCUUUCACCCCAGAUAACACAAACGCCCAAGACAGUGAUGAAAUGCCACCAAAGGAUUUGGACGCUCCUGAAUGCGAAAUGGAUUUCCCACCUGGAUUUGGACCAAGCUGGGAAUCUGCUGAGAGCUCCCUCUCUUCAUCCUUGUUAGAAGUCAAUUAUGGAACUGACAAAAUUGACUGGAAAUCUGAAUCAAGCACCACUUUAUUUUCUGGCCCCCUAGCAGGAGUUCAGAUGACGCUGGCGAACGAACUAUAUGUCGCAUCAAAGCAAUCUGUAUUUCACUAUUUUGAGGAGGUUAUUGCAGAGGAGAUAACAAAUUGUUUAUGCUUUGGACUUGAAAGCAGUAUUAAUCGAGAACAAAUUGGUACCCCUACUCACGCACCAGAGUCACCCAUUAAUGCCGGAGUGUCUACACAUGAAACACUCGAUCCUGGUGAAAUGGCUCUAGAUGAAGAGUUGAAUACCAUUGAAAUGGCUACAAUCACAAUGAUCAGUUCAGCUGGAACGGCUACAGAUGAAACAUUGAAGGUUCCAGAAAUGACAACAGAUAAAAUGCACAAUCCUCAUGCGGAACACCUGCCCCUUUGUUUGUCUUAUGCAAGUAUAUUUGAAAAGAUGAAUAUAUGUAAGACAGUGGAGUUGGAUGAGACUUUUGAUGAAGUGCCUCCUGGAAUGGAGACUGCCUUAGUUCCUUUGGCAUUUAUGGGCAAAAACAGAUAUCAGCCUUCAAAAUCAAUGAACCCUAUUCCUGUGAUUUCUAGAUAUAUUGCCUUGGCUCUCUGCCGGCAAGGACUACAUGAGAUUUUUGUGAAAGAGUGGACAUCUCUCAUCCCAGAUACCAUUAGCAAGUGCUUCGAUGCAUGGUUCACCAGGCAAAAUCAUGUACCUAAAAGUGCAGGUGGAUCAUCAAAACUCAAAGAAUAUACAUACUACAGGAAGAGAGUUUUUUUUAUCAAAGUAUGGGGUUGAGGAACAUGCUGUACCGCCAGAAGAAACUACACAAUAUACUUAUUUAGGGUAGAAGGAACUUAGUUCAAGGUAUCUCGAGGAAGGUGCAAGAGCAGGCUGAUACAUUAUCAUGCCACUCUCCUCUUCUCGAGGAAGGCGCAAGAGCCUCUGCCUUCCGGAGGACUGCUGCAAGCUUUCCCUUGGUCCCAAUGGACAUGACAAAUCAGUUCAACAUGACCGGAGCUAGUAAAUGGUUACUUUCUAACAAGGUACAAUGUCACAAAUCUUCAAAUCAUCUAUGACGUACGUAUGCAUGUAGGCGUCCACAAAUUUUCCAAAUGGGUGCGGGCCUCCUGAUUUACACUGUUUUGUGUUAGAUACAGAAUAAUUUUGGCAGGUUGUUUGCUCGGACGCAUGGAUCCACGGGCCUCCUUAUUUGCUUCUUGAAAUUUAGGCUACCAUCCGAAUGAAUGAAAUUAAAUUUUGGCAAGGUUGGUUUUAGCACAAACUAAACAAGCCUGCACGGGCAAAAGCAAGAACAAGAACAACCCAAAAACAAGAAGCAAAUAAGGGAAAGAGCAGUCCGUCCUGCGUUUUUCUCUAUCAUGCUUUACAUUUUAAUAAUUGAAAGAACAAACGGAAGAGAGAUUGAUAGAUACGUUGAUUAGUGUCUAUCACAAUGUAAGCUCUUCAAAGAUGGUGCAUCUUCUCAGGCUCGUUGGUGAAGCUGAAUCCAAGCCCAUCUUCAGCAGUGCCGGAUAAAGCUAAGCUCUCCCAGACAAGGCCGUAGUAAGAACAAAAGCGUCGGCUCCCAUCAUCUCGUAUCACUUGCUUUCUCUCUCUCAGAAAAAAAAAACUUGCUGAUAGAUGGCCUUAGAUGUAUUUAGAAAAAAAAAUACUUGGCUCUAAAAUCAUUUCUAUCUAUUUAGUAACGACUUGAUACUCACAUUCUUACUGCCUAUACUAUUGGUUCAGUAGUUUUCUUUUUAGGGGAGUCGGUAGAGUAAUCUUUUUUUUAGGGGAUUGAGUUCACAAAAUACCUUGAAAAGGAACUCAGCUAGUUGGAGUGACGAUUCCCAUAGCAUAGCUUUACUCUUAAAGUUCGGUAGAACAAUAGAACCCUGGCUGGCAAGGUAACUUAUGUCCUCGCCAGACAGUUAUUCUUGGGGGGAUUUUCGAUUCGAGAACGUGCAAUGCACACAUUUCAUUUUCUUUCAUUAAGAAGAGUUAUUCUCAGGGGGAUUAUCAGUUCACAAAAUACCUUGUGCUUGUGUUUCACCGCCCUUUGUGCUUUGUUGGAAGAGCGUAGGUAAGCAUGGGGUCUUGUUGAAGGCUAGAGAGAUCCUAUGCUCUCCUUGCUGGUCGGUUCGAAUUCGGCAGGUCGGCUCUAGGGCUUCUGGACUGUGCAUUGUGAAUCAUAUUGUUCAAGUUCGCACUAAACCUUUAAAAUUCCUAGAGCAUUUUUCUCUUCUUUUUUCUUUUUUCUUUUCCUGUGCCUUUUUUUAGUUAGGUUGCUUAGCUCAAUCGUGAGUUCACUCAAAUCUGGACAUUUUUUUAGCGUACAAGAGUGCGUGAAGGUUAUUUAUUUAUUUAUUUAUACCAUGGAACAAGAAUGUAAAGUACAUGCUCAAAGGAUGUACGCCCAUUCUGCUGUAUAUCGCUAAGUUUUGUAAGCAAUGUGCAUAUCAAAGUAUGGCCUUGAAUUUCUCUGGUGAGCUGCGACGAUACAUAUAUAUCCACCCUAUAUACUGGGGUACGAGUAAGCUGCCGAUAGCUCAUUUCAAGGGUAUGCCUAAUUGGGAUAAUAUUUAAAUGUGUACGUUUUCGGCCAGGAAUGUU